AUGGACCCAAGACGCCGCCUCACUGGCCUCGGCGAAGUCCAACUUGGGGAUGCUCCCAUGGGCUCACACCUUGCACAGGUGUGCGCUCAGUUCAGUAGUGGAUCGAUAAGAUCCGUAUGGGCGAUCGUGGCCCAAGGACGUGUGAUGGGAUGGGCAGAUGGAUGGAACGAGCGGUCAACGGUUUUUUCUUUUUUUGUCCUGUCUGUCCGG